UUUAAGCAGGUUUCAUUUAUAGUUAAUGAUAUAAAUAUUGAAGAGAUAGAGAUUUAGGAAGGCAAGAAGCUUGGUGUCUACUCACAGUACCAUCUUCAGCAGAAAUCUGUGAUUGGUUAAAGCUUUGUCGCCCACAAUGCGUUUCGUUGUCAUCUUCCUCUUUCUCUUUGUCAUUACUGUUGGAAAUGCUCUGCGCUGUAUCAGACAAGCCAAGAAUAUGAAGCAGGAACAGGAAUGUUCAAAGGCUGAAACAAAAUGUUUAACGUUUAUAACGAAAAACAGUGGCGUCUUAAAGUAUUGUGCCAAGAGUUCCGAGUGUGUAACAACUAAGUUCACGGCUCUGCCUUCGGAGAAGGUUACGUGCUGCGACACGGACUUGUGCAAUAAGUGA